ACAAUUAAGGCAUAUUCCUUGGUAUAAUUGCCUCAUAAAAUUUUAGAGUUGUAAGUUAUUUUUCAAAGGAGAAACUGAGGAACAGAGUGACUUACCUAAGGUCAUGCAACUAAUUAAAGGCAAAAUUUGGACUGCUACUAAGAUGUCUGAUUCCUUCUAUCGAGCUCUACUCCUCUCCUCUAGUGACCCCUAAUCUACAUAUUUUAACGAUGUGAUUUUUUAUAUUCACCUCAUUAUGAAAAUUAAGAACAAAGCAAAAGCCACUGUAAGCAAAGCAAACUUGUUUGGGUAACUUAAUUUUAAAGCAAUGCUGAAAUUCUAACGGAGAGUAUUGGCUAUCAUCUCUUUGGUGACAGAAAUCUGCAAUGGCAUUUCUUCAUCCAUGAUUCGUUUCUUUUUAGAUAAACCAAGUCAAGAAAUUUUAAUUUGUGGUAAUUGGUCAAAGUAUUAGAAAUAUUUGUUUAUACCAUUAUAGGUUUCAUGAGGAGGAAUGUUUAAUAGGAUUGUCUAGUCAACCAAAAUGAAUUAGUUGAAAGAGGAAAAAUCAAGUUAGAAAGUGACUAGAAAUUUGAUGAAGGAAGAACAAGAAUAUAUCAACCCUUAAAAUUUCCUGGUUCUCAUAUAUAUGAAAUGAGAGUUAUACUCCCAGAAAUCUAUGUUGGUAAGUAACAUGGAUUUCUUUGUGUUAUAGUUUUGUGUGUUGAGUGAGAGAAUGAUAAUAGCUUGAAAUUGAUUGUUCCUUUGAUGCUACUCAAAAUCUUUGAGAUAUGUAGGACAACCAUUUUCAAUCCCCCUUUUUCAGAUAGGAAAAUUAAGUAUCUAAGAGGUGAAAAUAAUAUGGACAUGGUCACUCAGUUAAUAAAUCUUCCAAUUAAUUAGCAUCCAUUUAUUAGGAUUGUGUAAGACACUGUUGUGUGUACACACUAUUGUGUAUAAGAUACUUUAUGAGUGCUGGUGAUACAAAAAAAGUAAAACAUCCUUUCAUCAAAAGAAUUGAAAGAUUGGUAACACUAUUCAUUUAUAGUUGUAUACAAAGUAGAUGUAAGGUAAAUAACAGAGCCAGGAUUCCAUCCAGGUCUCUUGACUCCCAAAUGACAGAACUCUUUUCAGUACACUUUGUUCUGCCCACAUCCCAAGAAGGUGGAAGAAACAAAUUGUCCAUUCCAUUUUAUUAUUAAGUACUACUUAUAUCUAUCUAUGCCACAGGAUAGUGGCUACUAACUAGUCCUAAAACAUAUUCCCCUUAUAUUAAAUUGUUUUUGAGUCAUCUGCCCCAACCCUUAAGAAGGAAGUCAAUUUAAAGUAAAUACUAAGGACAAGUGAGGCAAUAAUUGGGAAGGCUUAGAUGCUGAACAGGGAAGUGCACAAUAUGCCUAAAUUACAAAUGAUCAAGCUUUGCACUGUAUUCUUUUCACUUGACUGACUGAGAGUGUUUCUUUUCACCUUACUCAGACAAAGAGAAAAAUUAUGAGUCAGUUUAGAUUAGGCUAUGAAGAAACCCUGGGGGCUGCAAUGGGGCCCUAAUCUUCCUCAAAAUUGUUUAUCAUAAAUGUGAUGGAUAUAAAAUCUUUUGAUUCUCAAAUGAAUCUCUUUUCUCCCUCCAGCUCCCACCUUUCUCACUAGAUUGUGAACCUUUGGGUUUAGUUUAUUUCUUUUUCUUUUCCUCCCCAUAAUGAUGACCAAAAUGGGGCAGAGGAAGAGGAAAAAGUAGAAGCCCUGAGCAAAAGUCAGGAUCUGUCACUGGGGUGUAUCCUAGAAACCACAGAUCUGUAUCAGCCAAGCAUAAAGUGUGUCUCUCCCAACCCUACCUUCUCCCCCUUUCCUCUCCCCCCCCUUCCUCCCUCCUGGGUGCUUGAAUUUCACUGUCACCCUAGGCAGAGCUAUGUCCUAGACAGAAGAUUUGUAGAGCAGGAGGGAAAACAGUCUGUGGCAUUGGAGAGAGACUUCUGUGGCUUUCCUUUUCUUGACAGUAUUUCCAUGAGAAACAGAAGAUGACCUCGGGACUACAGUCGGCAGAGGCUUAAGUUAUGUGUUAGCCAUUUGUUGUCACUGGAACACAGAGGACGUUUGUGUCCCCUUCCCCUCCCCCCAGGAGGGGGGGAGAGAGAACAUCAGCGUUUCUGUUAUGCCUUCCCCAAUCUUCCCUUGGGCGCUAUAUCCUCUCCAGCUGAUGCUUUCCCAGCUGCUGCUGCCUUAGUCCUCUCCUUUAACAGUUACAAGGAGGGGCUUAUGGGUGGGGUCUUUUCUUGUGGCUCAUAUCACCUUUUCCUCUGUAACCUCCCCCCUUUCCCUCCUUCCACUGUACCAUCAUUCCAAAAUGGACACGCCUGUCCUUCCUGCCGGCAGAGGGGAAAUCCCCACAAGUUAGGGUGGGCUAGGUGAGGAGUGGAAAGAGCCAAGCCCCACUGUCCCACCCCUUACCUCCAUUUCCCUCUGCCUGGAUUUCAGUGCUGCAGGGAUUAGCCUAGGCGGGCUAAAGCACAUCGCCCUCCAACCAGAACUGAGAGUUCCUGGAGACCGGGAAGACACAUUAUAACCAAGAAGCUCAGCUAAGCUGAGGAAGCGGCGACUGCUGCUGGAUCUAUCUAUUUAUUGGAGAUUAGAGAUUUCCCACCAACAGCAACGCACCCAAAUCCCUUCAACUCGUCCUUCUUCACCACCCCCUCCUCCUCUCCUCUCUCCUCCUUUCCUUCAGUCUCUCGGUAACCCCCUGUCCUCUGUAUCCCUUCUUUGCUUCUUUCUUUCGUUAUUUAAAGAAAGAAAUGAGGGAGAAGGGGUGGGAAUAUGGGAAGGCUGAAAUGAAGCGCUUUGAUUGCAUAUCUCAGGGGAGAAGAUUGCUCUCUCCAGAUGCUGAUUUCUAAAAGCACUUGGCAAUCACCAGGCAGGAGUCUUGAGCAGGAGGCAGUGGUGGCAGCGGCGGCUGCAUGGGCCGGUUGGCAUCGGAAGCCAGGGUGUUCAGAGGCGGUGGUGGCAGCAGCAGCAGCAGCGGUGGCAGCAGCGACAGCAGCAGUACUGUGAGUGAGAAAGCCUGGUGCCAGCUAUUCCCCGUGAAUGACUGAUUGCCUUGAAGCCAGCCAAAGCUCUGCUCUGCCAGCUCAGAGUCUAGGUUCAAGAGAGCUAGCUUCCAACCUGUCUUGAACUCCUAGCAGGUGAGAGGCAAAAGAAGGAAGGAAGGUAGCUCAAGUGGCACCGGAGAGAGCAGUGGAAAGCCAGACUCCUGGGGACUGCAUAGUGAACGGCAUCAGCGAAGCCAGAAGCAGCAGAGUCCUGCUGCAAGUUGCUGGUGGGGGUGGGUGGCUGUAAAGACCCGUGUCUGCCCCUUGUGCCUUCAGGCACCUUGGCCAAACCAGGAAAUUGUGAACUAGCCCAAAGGCUCCUGUGCCUGGCACAUGCUAAGUGCAUAGGGGAGAUGGGUCCCUGCAGGGACUGAGUGCCCCCUCUUCUAUCCCAUCUCCAACCCUCCCUAUCUGCUCCACAAGCUCUCCUGCCCAGUGAGUGAGGAGCCUGUGUCCCAUUCCUGCCCCUUUCCCCUUGAUCCCUACUGCCCUUUCCCAUCCCCAUUGCAACCCUAAUCUAUAGGGGACUGAUCCCUGAACCACACGAUGGCCGCAGCCAUCGCUAGUGGCUUGAUCCGCCAGAAGCGGCAGGCACGGGAGCAGCAUUGGGACAGGCCCUCAGCCAGCAGGAGGCGGAACAGCCCCAGCAAGAAUCGGGGGCUGUGUAAUGGGAACCUUGUGGAUAUUUUCUCCAAAGUGCGCAUCUUUGGACUCAAGAAGAGAAGAUUGCGGCGCCAAGAUCCCCAGCUCAAGGGUAUAGUGACCAGGUUAUAUUGCAGGCAAGGCUACUACUUGCAAAUGCACCCCGAUGGAGCUCUCGACGGAACCAAGGAUGACAGCAGUAAUUCUACAUUAUUCAACCUCAUACCAGUGGGACUUCGUGUUGUUGCCAUGCAGGGAGUAAAGACCGGGUUGUACAUUGCCAUGAAUGGAGAAGGGUACCUCUACACAUCAGAACUUUUUACACCUGAAUGCAAGUUUAAAGAAUCUGUUUUUGAAAACUAUUAUGUAAUCUACUCAUCCAUGCUGUACAGACAACAGGAAUCUGGUAGGGCCUGGUUCUUGGGUCUUAAUAAGGAAGGCCAAGUCAUGAAGGGAAACAGAGUGAAGAAAACAAAACCAGCAGCUCAUUUUCUACCGAAGCCAUUGGAAGUUGCCAUGUACAGAGAACCAUCUUUGCACGAUGUUGGAGAAACAGUGCCAAAGGCCGGGGUGACUCCAAGUAAAAGCACAAGUGCGUCUGCAAUAAUGAAUGGAGGCAAACCAGUGAACAAGAGUAAGACCACAUAGCCAGAUCCUCACAGGUGUUGUGACUCGCGCAUCCCAGGCAGAGUUGAGCUGCUUAUCCUUGCCAGACAUUCGGGCUCUGGGAUCUAUGGAGCAGCGGGAAGCAAGUGAAGGCUUGCUCUUUGCUGCUUCUGAACAGACGUGCUGCCCAUGGAUAAAGCUCAACGUGUCGCCCCCUCAUCCCCUCCCCUGCUCUCCCCACUCCAAGAGGACACCUGGAUAACCAGCUAAACUCAGACCAUGGAAUGCCCUACCAGAUAUGGAAUGCCUUUUUACUAUCUUUUCUGUGACUGUGACACUUCAUGUGAAUGACAUACUUCACAAGUACACUUGAUACCUUGCCUGCUGACAGUUACCCAUAAUCCCUUUCUGAGUCCAGUUUCAGCAACAUCCAUGUGUUUAAGUUCAAUUUUGUAGCACACCAAUAAUAUUGAGUACUUUCUAGUUAGACGCUGUAAUCCUGUGCUAUUAUGGAUUUCUCUUCUCCCCUUUUUUACCAGGCUGCUUGCUCCACUGUCUGUGACCUUUUGCCAGGAUUGUGUUUUCUCUAAAAACUUCAAUGUUGCAGGUAGCUGAGUUUGGAAAGCCAUCAGGGAAUCAGGAAGCCUUCUAGACCUAUCACUAUAAAUUGCAUCUCUAAAGAAUAAGGUUGAUGUUGUUGACUCACACAAUGAUUAAAUUAUGAAUAUGCUCUACUCUCAGACACGUGCUCCCGAGGUCAGCAUCACUGGGGAGGGAGCCGUGUCAAACACGACCCGUGGAAAGCUUUCUAAGACAAGUGUUUGACAUCCCCCUAUAGUUUCUUUCUGUGUGUGUGUGUGUUUUAUACAUAUCACGAGCUUACUGGUAAUGGUAACAUUUGCCUUGCCCAGCGAGCAAGACCCACUGGUUUUUGAGAAAGUGGGUCCAAAGAACUCUGUAGGCCUUGUAGGCCUGAAUUAAGGCUCAUUUUUCAUCUACUAAUCUUCAUUAUUUGAAAAAAAACAAUAAUUAUGACUAACAAGAAUUGCGCUACCUAAAUCCAUUUCAAAUAUAAUCUUUUCCAGUUUUUAAUGAACUGAACUUAAUAUCAUCCCAAUUUUUGGCUGCGUUCCACUCAUACUCAGCAGAGCAUGGGCAAGGCGGCUGUUGUGUUCUUUUCUGAAGCAGCAAUGCAAAGGUUAGUUAUAAAUUAGACUUUAAUAUUUUUGGUGUUUAAUGACAAGUUUUUAAACUGGACAUAUUAGGGGGAAAAAGUAUUUUUUUUAGCUCAGCAUGCCAAGUCCAGUACUGUGUAUCUCACCAGUACAUACCUCUAACCUAGCUCUUUGGGGUUCGCCCACAAAUGGCUGGGUUACAGGUGCCUUGCCUUGAUCUCAGAAUACAGUCUGUUGAAUUGUUAUAGACAAAAACAAAGGAAAACAAACCCACUAGAAGAUCAGCUUUCAGCUUCAUCUCUUUUUUAUUCUUUUCUUUUUUCUCCUUUUUUCGUUUGUGGGAGGGGGGCACAUUAUUGUUGAUGACCCUUAGUGCUGUUCACUGGGCUCAGUGUGGCCGACUCAAGACAGAGGCCGUAACUGUGGGCUCGAGGAUAACAAUGCCAUAUAAACAUGUCAGCUAUUCAAGGUGAAAAAUGUCAAAAUAUUUAGUGCUUCACUUGUCAACGAUUUAAUAGAUAAUGAAAUAUGUAUGCUUAGGAAAACUACAUUUUGGUUCUCAGAAGAGGUAAUUAUGAAUAAUCUGUACCUUUAGCCCCGGAAAACUCAAUGUGGGAUCGAUGUCCUGGCCUUUGGAUAGUGUGCUUGCAGAGAUGGAUGGCAUCGUCACCAUUUCUCCUGCCUGCACUGUAGUUACUGGGUCCUUCAUUUGUCACUGCUUCACACUAAGCAUCAAAAGAGCCCCUAUUUGUUGCUGAACACUUUUGGCUUGCUUAGCUGAUGAAUAAUUUGGUAUAAAUUAACUGUUUAUGCUUCUGAAAUUUUCAUAAUGGAUUCAAUUUUAAUAAAUAAAAGUUAGUAUAAUGUUUGAGUAGAGUAUCCUGGAUGACACUAAAUGGCAACUAGACAAAAUGGUUCUUUUACCUGUUCUUCAUCUGUUUGAUUCCAAUUUAAAUGCAGGGUUAGCCUCUUUGGCUUUCACCAUGGAAGGUGAAGAACAUUUUGUGAAGUUCAUUUUCCUGUGACACAGGUGGGGAGGGGAAAACACGAUCUCCUUCAGGGCUGGGUCAGAGUGAGCACCGUGAGAGAUGGGAUGUUGUCUCAGUCCCACAUUCCCUAUCCCCAUGAGCAGACCCAUUGUUCUCAAUUAAACUCUUCUUGCCCUGCAAAUCCCAUUGACUGGUUAAAAUUAUAGCUGAAUCUGUAAAUGAGUAGAACGUUCUGUAAUUGUACACCUUUGCUUUUUGUUUGUCUGUUUGUUUCUAUGGGUUGUCCAGAAGGGUGUUUAUUCCUAUGAAUGGAUCUCUUAAAACAGUUUCUUCUAAAAUAUGUUUCAACAUAGAGCAGAGGGUCUUUGUCAUUUGUGCUUUGGUUAUUAGGCCUUUAAUUUUGUGUCUGGUCUCAUCCGUUGCAUGGGAAGAGGAUGGCAAUGGUGAACUGCAUGUAGUAGGCCCUGUGUAUCAAGAUCUGUUGGUAUGUAUUACUCAAUUUACAUACAUAUAUGCAAAGAGUUUGUCUGCAUUGUACAGUUUCUGUGUUUAUUAUCAUUUGUUGUAUACACAGAUGCAACAUAUUGAAUAAAAUAUUUAUACAAAGGCAUAUUGAAAAACAUCAAACAACUUUAUGUAAGAACUAGAAUGUGCAAAAGUGACAUUGCACCACCCACAAAUAUAGAGACACGUCAUGUAAAUAGGUUGGUAAACUCAAUUUUCCCCUUUGCCAUGCCAAAGAAAAUUUUAGCUCCGUGAGAAUACCUCUCUUGCUGUUUUUCAGGAUAAGAUUUCACCAUUCUGUUUCCCCAAAUUAAGUUUGCUAUUAUCAAGUGAAAAAUGUUACUGCCGCACUACUGUAUAGUAAACCUGAUGGAAUCGAUUGUACUUACA